AUGGAAAGCGAUUCUUCAGUAUCUGAAGAAUUUUCAUUUAUUUUCGACUGGUCUAUACUUAACAAAAUCGACUCGUGGUUGUUCGGUUCUUCUUCGCCAUCAUCAAUAUCUUCGCAUUUCGCUCCUUUAGAAGUACACAAUGAAAAAAUGCAAGUGCUUCUAAUAGAUGUUCUUAUUGUUCUAAGAGUUUUUACUAGUUCUGACAGUCAUGAUUAUUAUGCAUUUAUGCAAAUAUCAAUGCGUUCAAUCACUGGUGUUAUCUACCACGCAUCACAAUCUCAUAGUUCACACUUCACGUCACUACAAUAG